AUGGGUCUAUCAACAAGGGCAAGGAAAAAUAGAUUCACAGCUGAGACCCCCCAUGCCCAAGUAAGAACUUCAAUGCGCAGACCAGUCACUGGCGCAUUCCAUUACUCUAUUCCCGGGCCACUGGAACAAGUCGAGAACAUCUUCGUUGUCUCCACAAACGCUACGGCCCGGUACGUUGAUGGUUACUACAAAGUCCACGGAGUGGGAAGCCACUGCAUCAAGGCUCCUGUUUUUGACAGUAUCCGGUUCAGUCACUCACCCAUGUUAUUCACCAUUCGGGAUCCGAAGUUUCAUGCGCAGCGCAAACGGAUUCUGGGCCGUGGUCUUGCCGCAAUGAAAGAAGGGCAAGAGUCCAAGAUUCGACGGCUGGCUGAGCUUGCCGUGUCAAACAUCGAGAAGGAGGCCCAAGAGGGCAAGUCUGACGUAUACAAAUGGUGGCGAUGUUUAGCAGUUGAUGUGAUAAGUGAGAUGUCAUUUGGGAAGCCCUUUGAACUUCUCAGGCCGGGUGGUCAAGACCUGCCGGUGUACAAAGCCUUGGGCAAUGCAGGGUCGGGUGUUGUUCUCCAGGUGAUGCUACCCAGCUUUCUCCAGUCUCUCGUCAGGUGGUCUCCAAUAGCUUGGCUUCGAGAUAUCGCCCGAGUCGGCGAGACCAUAUUCGGCCGAGUUUUAAUUGCACUCAACGAAGCAUCUUUACCCUCAUGCGGUCCAAGUAUGGUUCGUCACAUACUGGGUGAGGCUGAGUUGAGCAAGAGUCCUGUUUUGAGCGAUGAAGAGUUGGGAUCUGAGGUAUCCAUGAUGCUUGUGGCAGGUUCUGAUAGUACAGCGGCUACACUGACGUAUGCCACAUGGGCGAUAAUACGAGAUCCAGAUCUAAGGAGAAAGAUUGAGGAAGAGGUAGCCCGUCUUCCGGAACACUUCACCAUGAAGGAUCUGGAUCGUCUACCUCUUCUUAAUAGCACUCUAGAGGAGACUCUAAGGCUAUACAACCCUGCUGGUGCACUUGUGGAGAGAGUUUUACCUCCAAGUGGUAUGUCUAUCCAUGGUUGGGAUCUCCCAGGUGGCACGAUGGUCUAUACAACAGGAUGGCUCAUCUCACGCCUUGAAGAUGUGUUUCCUGAUCCAGAUACGUUUGAUGCGACUAGAUUCAUAGACCCGUCACCCGAGCAGGCCAAAGCACACGUACCUUUCAGCAUAGGCUCAAGGAGCUGUAUUGGCAUGCAACUCGCGCGCAUGGAGAUUCUUGUAACACUGGCGACCUUGUUCCGUCAGUGCAGAGACAUGAAGUUGCAUUAUGCCCCUCCUCCGCCUCGUCGCUCAAGCAGCGGUGGAUUCUUGGGCCUCUCAACUUGGCAGGUGAUAGCCCUCCUCAUCGUUCUCAUAUUACUGUCGUUGGGCAUUUUUAUGUGUAUGCGAAAGAAGAGUGAACCAAAGGCGCCGGAAGAGGACGAAGGUGAAGAGGAGGAAGAGGCAGAGGAGGAGGCAGAAGAAGAGGAGGAAGAGGAAGGCGACGAGGAGGCAGAAGACGAAGAUGAAGGGGAAGAAGAGCCUGUGCCGGAUGAAACGCAAAUGAAUGCUUACAAUGCACAGUAUCUAGCCAAUCCCUACGGCAAUCCCUACGCACAACAGCCAUCCAGCGCUACCAUUGUCGGAUCACAUGCUAUAUAUACCUGCCCGCGAGGCUUCGCUGUUGAAUGGUAG